ACAUGAAUAUUUCAUCCGUAUCUUACGAUAUUUUUUCAUUAUAUACUUCAUUGUUUAAUUAAAAAUCUAAAGAAGCUUCUCCAUUUCAUUGAAAUUCUUCCACGACUUUUUUUUCUUCUUUUAUAUCUUUAGAGAAAAACCAAACACACACACAUAGAGUGAAAAGAAGAUGGGUGUUAACGAUGAUUUCAACAAAGAUAAUGAAUAUGUUGACGAUGAUGUUCCACUUCCUGGAUUUCGAUUCCAUCCCACUGAUGAAGAACUUGUUACUUUCUAUCUUCGAAGGAAACUUGAUAACAAAUCUAUUGCUAUUGAUCUCAUCAAACAAAUUGAUAUCUACAAAUAUGAUCCUUGGGAUCUUCCAAAAGCAAGUGUACCUGGAGCAGAGAAGGAAAGUUAUUUUUUUUGCAAAAGAGGAAGAAAAUAUAGGAACAGCAUUAGGCCUAAUAGAGUAAUAACAGGAUCUGGAUUCUGGAAAGCAACUGGAAUAGAUAAAGCAGUGUAUUCAAAUGGAGGAGAAGGAAAUGAUUGUGUUGGACUCAAAAAAACAUUAGUUUAUUAUCGUGGUAGUGCUGGUAAAGGCACCAAAACUGAUUGGAUGAUGCAUGAGUUUCGUCUUCCUUCUAAUAUUCAUACUAACAACAAUGAUGCUCAUAUUGCCCAAGAAGCAGAAAUUUGGACAUUAUGUAGAAUUUUCAAAAGAAAUGUAUCACAAAGGAAACAACAAAUUGCAGAGGUGAAACAAUUAGCUACCAAGCGUCAGAUGAUUCAUGACAAGAGCAGCAGAAUGAGCAGCAAUGUGGAAUUUAAUAUAAACAAUCAACAAACAUUUAUCAAUUUUGGUGCAAGUCAUGAGAAUCAUCAUAAUAAUAAUAUUGAAGACAAACUCAUGAUCAAUACUAAUUAUACAAACAUUGAUCAAAGGAAUCAUCAGUUAAUGAGUUGUCAAGUGUCACAACAACCUCAACAAAAUGUAACACUAUCUAAUUCAAACUUGUGGAUAAAGCAGCAGGUUGAGAAUGAGCUCUUAAUGUUUGAUAAUUGGGAUGAGCUUGGAUCAGUUGUUAAGUUUGCUGUUGAUUCGCCUAGUUUGUAAAUAAUAAGGAUGUAGUUUUAUAUACUUAGGUUGUGUGUGGUUGGAAAAUAGAAUAGAUGCAUAAUUAAUGUGUUUGGAUCAUCUACAACGUAAUAUGGUGCUGCAACCGUAGAUUUUGUUAGAUUUAGAAGAAAGUUUUAUCUCUUUAAAUCUAAUUAUUUUUACGGCUACAGCUAUAGAGGUCCAUGCAAAAUACAUUGAUGUGUGUUUGUAUUCUAGGGCUAUAUAUUGUUUGUAACAUAUGUAACUUUUAUUAGACUUAUUAAUUAAUUAACAUGCGUGAUUGGAAUUUGUUAUAUUGA